AUGAAAAAACAGAGGGUCCUCCACAUUGUUAGUGUUUCAUCAACCGGAACACCGCAGGGAGUGCUUUGCGCGGCUAGUACACGCGAAGUGAAGAAGCUACUGCACCCCCUCUUGCUUUCCAAAACGAAGCGAGCACCAUACAAGGAGCGCCAGAAGCGUGGAUGACGCACGCCGUGAACAGGGAACCUUUGUCAUCCCAUCUUGUGUCCCCCGGAUCAGGAAGCCACCUCCUAGGGGUAUUGUUUGUUUCCACUACAAGAAAGGUUGUAUUUUGUUUUUGCCCCCCUUGCCUUCGAGAGCGCCCCUGGGUUUUACUCCUUCGCCGAAUGUAGAAUGGCCGCCCCCGGGGCUUGCACAAGAAAAAUUCAACGCACGGUGUGGUCCGGCAGCAUUGGUUGGUGGUGUUGUCGUUGGUCUGUUGUGCCCUGUGGUAUUCUGAAGCCUAUUUGCUUCAGUUUUCUGUUGCGGAAAUUCUCAGACCUGUAUUCGAUUUUGACCCCACCCAAAGUGACCCCACCAAAAGUGACCCCACUCCCUUUUUUCAGUUGGUUUUAAGAGUAGACGAUCUCCGGUUUCUUCUCUAAAAGCAAGUUGUUUUUCUUCGUGCCAUGUUUCUCGAGAUCCC